AUGUCAGAUCUAUCUAGCUCAAACGAUUCAUCAACAGAGUUGGCACAGUCAAAAUUACCAGAAAUCGAGGUAAGUGCACCUAUUGAAACUGAGAUAAGUGUAGUAAGUGAUACAAAAGUCAAUGUAAAUAUAUCUAAUAAAUCCCGACCUUCGAUUUCGAUCUUACCUGAAGACUCGAAAGAGAAACAAAAUUAUGUUAUCAAAAUGAUACUGGAACAGUUUCAAAAUUUGUCUUUAAAAUAUAGUACCGGGAAUAGCGAUUACUUUGACUGUUCAACGACCUGCCCUAUAUGCAAUAAAGACCAUAAAAAAGAAAAUAUAAGAGAUAAUAUAAAAGGUAGAUGGGGUAGUGGUGAUUUUGUCAAUACAAGAACUUAUCGUCUGCAAUGCUGUGAGGCCUAUCAAAAUUCAAUCCAAAUA